CUAGAGAGCCUAGUAACAACCAGUUCAAUUCUAACAAACUUGCAUAGUACGUGUUCCAUCUACGGCUCUGUACAACUGUCGACUGAGGCACAUUUCUUUAUUAGUAUUUCAGCAAAGUAAAAAUGGGGAAUCGAUUGUCUAUGGAAAGGAGAAAAAUAAACAACAUCUAUGAAAAGUUAAGUUACCGAAGAACAUACAAGAAAAGUGAUGUAUCAUUACACACUUAUUACGAGAUUUCAGAACGAGAUCCUGAACGAGCAGGAAAUUCUUUUUGGUCUUUAAUUGAAACUGAUUGGAAACACGUGGAUGAAGUACCUGUCCAGCAGAAUAGGACUUCAGACGAUGCUGAGGAAUUAACAAUGACAAACCAUAGAGAGUGUUGUACUAAUCAACGCUUCGUCGAAUAUGAAAACGAAAAUGCUGAAAAAGUCGUGAACGAACUGGAAAAUAAUACAGAGCAUAUCAAUUAUUUCUCAGAAGAAGCUGUCUUAAACUAUACAGACAAACUUAAAACAGAUGACUACAUUAAAAAGUGGCUUGACACCGUGGAGGAAUCUUGUUUGUGUUAUUCUCAUAAAAAUUCUACUUCGAACUCUAAAGUACUACAGACUGAAGUUGAAUGCACGGUGGAGUCUAAUAUAGACUAUUCAGUAAUUAAUUUCCACGAGUGUAUUAGAGUAUACGAAGAACUAUCUAUAAGAGAUCAAAAAGAAAGGAUGAAUAAAAUCUGCUCAUCAAAAGAGGCCAAUUGGAAUAAUCGAGAUCGAGUUUCUGCUCUUGAUGCACUAACAACCACCAACAAUGAUUUACAAAAUGAAUGGACAACAGUAUACCAAGGAGAACAGGCAUUUCAACAUAGAAUUCCUCGCCUGCUGCAUCGUAAGACUUCACAUGGCCGAAAGGGAUCAAUCACAAACAAUGAUGGAAAAAAAAUAAUUCGCAGUUUCUUGGAAUAUAAAGGAAAAGACAGUGAGAUAAUCGUAAAGGAAUUAAUAGACGAAACAGAGCAUCUUAUGCUAUCCUUUGAAGAAGAUAAUUGGAGACAAGUAGAUAAAGUUCCUCUCAUAAACAGUAAGGCAUUGCAAAAAUUAAUUGAUGAAAAUCAGAAACAUUACAAAAUCCGGAGUUUCGUAGAAUAUAAAGGAAAAGAUAUCAAUUGAUCAAAGUGAAAUUGAAGUAUACAUCUUACCUUAACAUUUCAUUUAAAUUCAACUACAAUUUUUAUGCUGUACAUAUUUAAUAAAUAUCAAUAAUAUCUGAAUUUGGUAAAAAAUCAUUGUAUUUUAUAAUAAAUUAAUAAAUUGUUUCCGUUUUAAA